AUGGGGACAAUAAGCAAGACAACUUUUAGUCGAGACAUUGCGGAACUUGUUGAGAAAACGGCGAAUUUGGACCUGAAGUACCAGUGGCAGUUUAAUGAUUACAGAAAUGGGCAAUUUUUAUCAAACAGUUCAGUGUUGGAAUUGAAUGGCCAAACGAUUUUACGCACAUUUCAUAUUACUUAUAGUGAAAGCUAUGAAGUUCCCAUACUGUGGUUUAUUUUCAGUCGACAAACCGGUGCUUUAUUAAACAUAGAAGAAAUUUUGGAACUGAUGCCUGCUGAUAAACAGAAGACAAUAUUGUCAAAUUGUUUAACUUCAAUAUCUCAGCGCGAGCAUCCUGUUUUCAAUCUUCUUUUCUAUCAUUUUCAUCCUUGUAGGACAGCAAAUCUCAUGAAGGAAGUACGCUACGACAAUUACGUUAUCAGCUGGUUAUCAAUAUUUGGCUCACUUUUGCAUUUGUUACCGCUACCAAAUGAAAUAUUUAUAAAAAAAUGA